CCAUAAGAUACAUGACAGAAAGUGAUGUGAAAGAAUAUUUGCAAGGCAAAUGAUUUGUCUGACGGUUGGUUAUAUGUCGAGCCAUGAACACCGUUGAACUUUCACCACUUCCUGGAAGGGAACCAGACGCAUGGGCGCAAACCAAAGUGAAAGUGUGAGAGGAGAGAGCAGACAGAGUUACCCUGGGGAAACAGAGGCAAAGACUGGCAUGUAACGCAUGUGUGUGUGUGUGUGUGUGUGUGUGCAUUGAGUCUCCUCCAAAAUCAAAAGAGGUGGUAUUGGCUCACAGUUUAUUCCCCUUUAUGCAGCUCUAAAAGGGACUGUGUGUGUGUGUGUGUGUGUGUGUGCUAGAAAGCUCAGACACAGAGCUGAGAGUAUUAUUUUGCUUUGUCGCUUCACUGAAGAAGGAUGCAGCCUGAAGCCCACAGACACAAGAUGAUGCCAGUGAGUGUGUGUGAGUCAGUGGUUCCGAGACCUCGCGGGCCGUUGCCACGGGUGUGUGGUCUGGUGAUCACUGGUGUGUAUGUUCUGCUGGCGUGGGGGUUUGUGUCUGACGUCACAAGGCUCGUCCAGGCUGCUGAGCCGGUUCUCUAUGGCCUGUGUGUUGGGGUCGUCCUGCAUGGAGUGUGUCUGUUAGCUGAGGAGGCCACAUCGCAUUUCACACAACGGCACAGCAACAGUGUGAUUAGUUUGCUGAAGGCGUGUGUGUGUUGGAGAGCGCAGGCUGCGGCGUGUGUUCUGGCUCUGCUGUGUGUGUUCCGAGGAAGUGCUCUCAGCUGGGAGGAGAUGGGCAGGGUUCCGCUUAUAGCCAUCUGCUAUGUACUGCUCAAGACAUUUGAUGUGCUGGCUCCAAGUGAAGUGGAGAUCUCUGAGAUCUGUGAGUCAAGGCAGAUGAACGUGGCCCAUGGGUUGGCCUGGUCUUUCUACCAGGGCUACCUGAAGUUGGUACUGCCACUGCUGGAGGCUGGUGUGGAGCAGUAUAACCAGAAGAGGCACAACCUUCCAGCAGAGGGCGCUCUAACAGACCCGUGGUCGUCUCGCCUGCACAUCCUGUUGCCCCUCAGUGCUUCGGUCUGUGCGCACCCCGAGGACGAUGACCCCCGCGUCAGUUUCCAUGACCACCUGCCCCCGAUGGAGAUGGACCGCGCUGGGGUGCGGAAGAGAGUGUUUAAGAACAGUGUGUACAGCAUAAGGGAUGCAAAGGGACAGGUUCACUACUGCAUCCUAGAGUACGCCACCCCUCUGCUGACCCUGUACCAGAUGUCACAGGAGAGUAGUGUGGCUUUUGGCCUCCCUGAGCGGCGCCAGCAGGUCCUGCUCUUCUACAGAGCCCUGCGGAACAUUCUAGAAAGAUCCCUGGAGUGCCGCAACCGCUGCCGACUCAUCCUGCUGGAUGAUGCACGUGCUGGUGAACCGCACUUCCUGUCCUCGCAAAUCCUGAAGGACCUGCAGCAGCAGGACAGGGAGGAGUUUCCAAUGGCCCUCCCACCCGUGGACACACCCACUCCCAGAGAGGACAAGGGGACUACGGCAACCAAUGGAACCAAUGGAACAGUGGCACAGCUGCAUGACAAUAAGCCAAUGAGCAGCAUCGAACUGAUGAUCAGCGACUCGCCACACACACUGCGGUCCGUGCCAGAGGAGAAUUCAGAAUGUAUCACAGAAUGAGCUGCUCUCUCUCUGCCCCCCCCUCUUGUUUUCUUCCUCUUUUGCCCACUGUGCUAAGUGCUUAGUCCAGCUACAUCUAUUUCCUGUGUCACUCUCUAUAUCUAGAAAUAAACAUCAGGGGAAACGGAAUCUCACAAUAGUACAAAACACAGAAUGUUACUGAUGGAUGUAUCAAUGUUACUGAAGGAUGUAACAAUGUUACUGAAUGAUGUACUAAUGUUACUGAAUGAUGUACUAAUGUAUUUCAAGCAAAUGCUGAAAUAAAAGAAGGGUCUCAAUGAAA